AUGGACAGGUUGGAUGCUAUUUUGAAGCGGGCUGUCGCUGAUGGCGAGGAUACCAAGGACAAGCUGCUUGGAGCUGCAUUUAUAGUGACGGAUCGAAAUGGCAUCAUAUACUCUGGCUCUGCUGGGCGAACGGGCAUCGACGUCAGCUCGCCCAACUUUGAUGGCGACACCCUCACCUACGGCGCUUCCAUCACCAAGCUCCUCUCUGCGACCUGUCUCAUGCGGCUGGUUGAGCAGGGCAGGAUCUCGCUGGACCACAAUAUGCGGUCGUUUGUUCCCGAGCUGGAUAAGAUGCAGAUCUUAAGGGGAUUCACUGCCGAGGGGCAGCCUGUGCUGGAGGACAAUGGGAGGCCGAUUACACUCAAGCAGUUGAUGGUUCACACCGUUGGCCUCCAUUAUGACGUGGCAGACCCCAACCUGCGAAGAUGGUCCGAAGCCGUCGGCCGUCCUAUUGGGCCUGUUAUUCGCCUCUCCAGAGACGGCUACAACACGCCGCUCGUGUUUCCUCCCGGCGACGGCUGGGCCUACGGCUCUGCUCUGGACUGGGCCGGCGUAGGCCUGGAGACGCUGGAGAAGCAGAGCCUCGGCUCGUAUAUGAAGGAGCACGUCCUGGACCCUCUGCAGAUGCGCGAUACGGGAUUCCGCGUCAAGCAGCUGCCUCACACCGCAGGCCGACGAGCCCAAGUGGCCAUCCGUGACGCCAUCAGCGGCUCUCUAUCGGCCUUUGACAUUGUCCCGGAGGAGCCCGAGAUGGAUAGUGCCGGCGCGGGCAUCCACACCACGGCCAACGACUACGUGCGGCUGCUGCGCGCGCUGCUGCAGGUUGAGCCGGGCGUGGUUUCGGCCGAGACGGCGCGGAUGAUGUUUGCGCCGCAGCUGGACGAGCGACAGAGGGCGAUGAUGGGGCAUGUUAUCUAUGGCGAGGGGAGGAGAGAGGCAUAUAUCCCCGAGAUGCCGGAUGGUGUGGCGCUGCAGUAUGGAUAUGGCGGGAUGGUGACGAUGGAGGAUGUUGCUGGGCUGAGGAGGAGGGGCAGUCUGUCGUGGAGCGGAGCGUGCAGUUCGCGAUGGUGGAUCGAUCCGGAGUCGGGCAUCGCGGCGGUGCUGAUGGUGGGCAUGUUUCCGUUUGGCGAUGCGGUGUCGUCGCGGCUGUAUACGGAUUUGCAGCGGGCUGUUUAUAGCGAGCUUGUCACGUAAAAUGCUUUACGAAACGAUAGCAUUCACUGCAUCUUUGUUGGAUGAGGAAUUAUGAGGGGAGAAGUUACAUGUAUUCAGCACCUCAAUUUCAGUUUCCGACACCCCAGCUGCGCAACAAGGCAAU